CUGUGACUCCUCCCUCCUUAAAUAUCUCCACACCGGUUGGGAGGUCAGGAUGUUCACUUAAAGAUAAAGCCAAUAUAUCCACAACAUCAGUACCUGUGAAUAUAAGCGACCGCUAUGUGAGUUAUGGUAGGGCAAUUGUUGAUUGUGACGUUGAUGAUCCUUCGAUGCUACGCGAUUCCACAAUUAUGUACAGAUUCGACCGCGAUUGAUCUUCUUGGUCUCGCAUUGGGGGAAUCCCCGGAUCGUCCAGGCAUCGAGGUCGUUGAUGACGUCAUAAAGGGAUACAGGUUCGACGAAAGCGCGCGGUUGCUCGGUGUUGAUAGUGACGUCAUAUUCACCCAUUGUAACAAAUUUCCCGCCGAAUUUUCGUUCAUUGUGACGUAUAAACAGCACGUGGAACCGAAACAAAGCGAGUUUGUGAUGUCACUAUUAGCUCAGAAUCGUCGAAAUCUGCUUGUUGCGAUUCGUAUUCACCGCGAUCGAUUGUUCUUCGAUUAUGCUGGUAGUGAUGUCAUAAAGAGAUCUGUGAGUUGCCGAAUCCCAACUUCCGGUUCGUGGAAGACGAUGAUUGUGACGUUGGCUGACGGCAUUGUUAAGUUCACGCUCGACUGCGGACAACCAACAGUAGUAAAAUUGAAGGAAGAUUUCCCGAGUAAAUUAAACUUGCGAAACACGAGGUUCUAUAUCGCCAGCAAGCGGUCAAAGAUGAAAAGGUUCACUGGAUUAUUAAGAGAAGUGCGGUUGCUGCCGGGCGCGGAUGCAGCGAAUCGCGUCUGUCAAUCAAAUCCUGUCCAACCAAUAAGAGCACACGUCACAAUUGAAGGGGAAUCCCCGAUAGAUGAAUGUACAUCACAAAGAAAAGGCAUUAUGACGUAUAAGCAGGAUAUGACGUUGGAAGUUUGUACAGGAACCAAAUAUCGAAAAGUUCGCGCGGGAUUGGAUCGCAUGGAUUACGUCAUCGACUACGCCGACAUUGACGCAAGAAGUAAUUCAACUUCCAUAGAAAUCUUUAAUAUUUGGGGCGUCGGAACUUUCCUCGCUACAGCUAAUAAAGAUCAUGGCGCGCAAAAUUAUUCUGAAAUAUUUCUCUGGGAUCCGAUUGGUCGAAAGUUUGACAUUCACCAAACAUUGAGGACGCAAUCGGCCACUAGGUGGAAAUAUUUCGACAUCGGGCACGAGAAUUUCUUAGUGGUCGCCAAUUAUGGGGGUUUGGGGGUUCCCCUAGUCUCCAGCGUCAUCUACCGGUGGUCACGACGGCGGGGGUUGUUCAUGCGCCACCAGGUGUUGGCAUCAUCACGUGCUCGUGACGUGGAUGCGUUCGACCAUGACGGGGAAACUUUCCUUGUUCUUGUCAAUCAUAAUACUGGAGGUAUGUGGAAUGUGACGUCGAUAGUUUACAAAUGGAACCCGACGGGUCGAUGGUUCGAACCCCAUCAAAGUAUAUUAACAUACGGAGCAUUGGGGGUUACCCACUUUCAAGUUCUUUCAUAUUCGUGCAUUGCGAUCGCCAACGCUUUCGAUGGAACAACCAGUGUGUUGGAGUCCGUCAUAUAUUGCAUGGCCGGCCAGCAUUUUAUACCCGUUCAGUACAUUGAGACAAUGGGUGCGGCAGAUUGGGAAUUUUUUGUCAUUGGCGACCAAUAUUUCCUCGCUGUAGCGAAUAACGCGGUUUUUACAACUGACCAAUCACAAACCACCACAAUGUCGGUUAUUUACGAACUGAAUAUUCGAGACCAGCGGUUUUACGAAUAUCAACGGAUACAAACGCAUGGGGUCAAUGACAUCGAAUACUUUUCAAUCGGAAAUCAACAUUUUAUAAUUGCUGCGAACACCAAACCCCCAGUUGGCAGUAGAGAGGUUACAAGCGUGAUUUACAGAUGGAUGGGUUUGGAGAAGUUCGUUCGCGCGCAUGAGUUGUCGGUGGGGAGUUGCACUGACUUCGAUUACGUUCAAAUCAACGACGAACAUUUCCUUGCUGCAGCAAACCCUCGAGGAACAAGAUCUAAGUUUUACAAAAUAGUCACAUAUUAAUCGCAUUACCUACGCAUGUAUUCAGCAUAUCGUGUUGCGACCAACAACACAGUUGAGCAGGCUCAACAUUACUGUGACAUAACAGUUAUUCUCAACAAACAGCAUCUUAGUUUUGGCAAAAUAAUC